AUGAAUCUUUUUACUCGUCUUCGGAGCAAUACAAAGGGUAAAACCCAAGAACCAACACCAGACCAAUCAACUAUCGAUCCACACCAAUGGAAACUUCCAUCCACCUACGUAACAGUCUCUCAACCUGGAGCCAAACCGACGAUAAUUCCCGAUCCGAAAGUCUUUGCCAAUGUGUUCUCUAUCCCAACAGAAUUUGAAUCUGUUGGAGUUGAGACACUUUUGGCAUAUCCCGAUGCCAGUCAUGCUGCUAUCCAUCUCGCUUUGCUUGAGUGUUUUCGCAACUUGAGAGCCAGCGCUAGAGCUCUUGACGUCAGCGUCGUUCAACCACCAUCUUACAAUGAAAAGUCCACGGCAGGGUCAUCUUCUGAAACUGCUCCGCUGCCUGAAUCUCAAAGAUGGGAUUUUCUCAUCAAGUUGGCUGUCACACGCUUCAUGGCCUGGUGGGAUAACAUUGACAUGGUCUUGAACCACGCCAGUGUCUAUUCUCACCACGCUGGUAGCCAUGUAGCACUUCAACUAACGAGAGACUAUCUCCCGCCUUUGGAUAUACUUCUUGUGUGGUAUUCGUUGAUGCUCAACACAAACGCUUACGAUGCUGCGUGUCAAGCUCAUGAUGGAAAUGCCGCACGUCUCAAGAAUCUAUGCUUUCCUUGGCCGGCUAUACGUGAUGUGAUUAAUAUGGACAAGAUGGAAUAUGAAUUACCCCGCGCUGCUCAAAAUCUAUUCAGUAAUCUAUCGUCUCAAUCCUGCGAUAUCUUGACAUAUCUCGACAGUCCUCCAGCAUACACUGAUCCUGGGAAGAUGUCGUUCAAGACAGAUCUAUUCAGCGAGGUCAAGAAGCACGACAUCUUUAUCAACGAAUCUCACCAAAGACUAUGGAUACGUUCUCCAGCUUUACAUGGGUCACUGGGUCGUGCUGGCGGGGAGUAUCUAGACUUUCACCUCCGAGAACCUAAUGCUGUUGAGGAAGAUGUGUUGGAAAGCUUGUCAUUUGGUGUUCAACUUUUCUGGAGGACGCAUCGGUUAUUUCCUCGGCAGUAUAAAGCUUUCCUAGUGGAGAUCAGAAAGAACAAAGCAGAUCCUAACUCGAAAGAUGAUUUGAAAGUAAUUUUAGAUGGGGGAGAUGAGCCACUUGAAUCCAGCCAGUGCUGUUUCUGUUGGAUCUGCGAACGAAUUCGAGAUGAUGUCCCGGAAUUCUAUCACGCUCCAUCACCUUCUUCACCAUCCUCGCCAUCGACAUCUGUGCCACCAGAUAUUUUUCAAAAACAACUUUCAUCACUAUCUUCAGAGCAACUACGCCAAAUACAAGAUGAUUUGGGUUUCUAUCUCGUCGUUGAAGAUGCUCGCAAACGCAAAGUACCUCUACCAACAAGGCCACCCACUGCAGCCGAGAAAGAUGCAGACAAGAUAGCCAAACAGCGACAAAAGGAAAUUGGAUAUUUACCAGGGUUGAAUGAAUAUGUCGAGGUUUUACCUGAUGGGACUCGAAAGAUACGGCAAAGAAAGGGCAAGGGGAAUAGAUAUUACUACAUGUUGGCUUUGUAG